CUCAUGCAGAGACAAUUUCACUUUUCGUAUUGUAAUUUGUAGGUUAGUUUAGUUUCAAAGUUUCUUUCAUUACUAACACAGAGAUACGUGUUGAUAACAUUGAUAAUGUGACAUUUUUGUGAUUUCCGUGUUCGCCAUCAGUGCAGGACUGCAGGAUCGAAUAACCUAGUUGGACUCAUGAAAAUUGUUAGUUUUUAGAUCAUGGUCAUUUUAUCUUUAUUUUGAAGUGAUAUUCGGAAACUGCAAUCGCGGAAGACUCUUUCCGUUUUUGUCUACAACAUGACGCUGAGGUAGUUCUUAUCUCUAAAUCUCUGAGAGGAUAAUAAUGGCUCCGCUAAAGGAUGAGCCAAAAAUCAUCAAGUCACUUUCAAAGUUGGGGCUGUUUGCUCGAGUUGUAGUCAAGAAACUAACACCUGAAGAAAUCGCUCAGUGGACGAAGAAAACUCUAGCAGAUUCACCAAAAGAAUGGAGACCCUCACCUGCAACAUCUGUUUGCAAUGACAGCUCAGGAGAUGAAAAACAAAUCAUACGAAAACGUAGACGGGUGGCCUGCCUGCAGUUAUCAGACUCAUCAUCUGAGGGCUCUAGCUCAGAUUUUUUAGAUUCUAACCACAAAAAAUCUAAAUCAAGGAGAAAAAAGACGAGCAAUGAAAGGAGAAUCCUGCCGGAGAGAAGUGCGAGACGGAGAGCGGCGAUUAUUUAUUCUGAUGAUAGUGAGGAGGAGGAUGUAGAAUUAAAAAUCCCUUAUAAAAAUUAUCAUCGAGGUCCUUCAUUGAAUGUCCCAAUAGUUCAUGACAGCAGUGAAACAGCAGUAGCCUCUGAAAAAAUAAAUGGUGUUGAAGCUUGUUUGAGUAGCAACAAGGUAACAGAUGUGAUCACAGUUUGCAGCUCCCCAGAAGAUGGAACACCUAGAGUAAGCAGUUCAGAUGAUACUCCUCAGUGUACAGCAGCAAAACCUUUGAACGAUGGCAACAGGAAUUCAAGUAACCCAGUCAAAAUAAUUCUCAGAUCAGAUUCUGAUAGUCUUGACAAAAUAACUGAUAGCCCCUCCAUAGAAAGUGCCUUUAUAUUGGAUGAGCACUCAGGUUUAAGAUGUUUACCCAGUGAACAAACGAGUGCAGCUGAUAAACCCUGUUCUGAAAGUGUCAGCAGAAAUGAAAGGAUAUUAUCUUCACCUAGUAAAAACAUACCGGUGUCACAAGCAUCAGAAGGUAUAAGUCACUUACCAGGCUCCAGUGAAGAAAAUUUUGAAAAUUUAGACAAAUUAAAGAAAAUAACAAUUGUAAACACUGACGAAAAGAAUGUUGGUAAAAUUCGAUUACGGAGUCUACAAAGCCUCGGCGCCUCUGAUAGUUUUAUCAGAGAGGCAAAUCUCAAGACAAGUAAUUCUGGUGUUGGGAAGAUUGUCCAUAACCUAUACUCAGACCAUGUGUCACAAAUUAUGGCAAAAAGCCUCUUGCUAAAAAUAGCAACUUAUCUAAGUGAAAAAUUGUGCUCCACCGAAGAAUUCAAUCGAAUAUUAACUACAAUUGAAUUGCAAAAAUCAUCUAAGACUGAAAUUCAGAAUGAGCAAUUAGAAAAAAUAGUCCAGAAACGGCAAGAACUUGAUGCUAUCAUUUCUAAAUUAUUCACUCAAGUUGUUGAAUCUUUUCAUAUGAAAUUAGAAAAACAAAACAAAGUUGAAUAUUUUCCAACACUAUUGUACCUUGGAUUUCUGUACAUUCUAAAUAAUUUUAUAGAAAUUACCAAUAACAGGUAUAAGAAAAGCUCUCUAUUUAAAAAUAUUGUUUUAGUUCUUACUGAAAGUCUGCGAAAUGGGCAUUUCAAGUAUGAGCAAAUAGUUAAUUUCUUCUUAACCAGCAACUUUCACGCUCAUUGUUACAAAUUAAUUGAUUAUAUAGGGGUAAUCAAAUCCCAGAAUACUUUAAAUCAAUUGAAGAACAAUGGCAAAUCUAGUCAGGAUGAAGAAAAUUCAGUACAUGUACCUGUUAGAAAAAUUUCCUAUAGGAUGGUUGAUUCCCAAAUGGUCAUCGAAUAUUCAAAAACUUUGGAGGAGGUUGAAACAAGAAGAGAAGCUUUGAAGAAUGCCGAAAUACCUCAAGGUGAUUCGACAAUGACUCAACCCUCGAUUCCAACAACAUCAACUCCGAAAUCUCAAACAUUCACUCCAUCCAUUCCAUUUAGCCAUCAACCAAACCAACAAACUAUGAACCAACCAAGUGUAAUAGUAUCGUCUUCCACAAAUCCAAUUAAACAUUCUCCUGUGUCAGAUGCUAAAGCCAGAAAUCCACAAACUUCCAGCACUAUUUCGGCUGGUGUUUCCAAACUUCCAUUUGUCACAGUUGUUCCUCGUAAAACAAAUGAAAAUUUGACUCUUCAUAACUUAUUAGCCAGCAAUAAGGUUCCAAGUGAUAUAAGUGUUCAAUCUCUAGCCUCUCAAAACCAGCCAACAUCUGUUAUUCGAACACCCCAACAAGCUCAAGCCCCCGAUCCGCCUAGACUUGCACCUCCCUCCACAACCUCAAAUGCUGCUACUAUUGAUGAAAGAGUGAAAAAAUUGUCCAAUAUCACAAUAACUGCCACCUCUGUACCUGAGAAGACUGCAUUACCAAGACAACCUGGGUCAGCUGUCAAAACGACAAUAGCAUCCACACUCUCACCUGGAAAUGCUACAUUUCCGAAGCAACCUGGAUCAAUGGUCAAAACACCAAUAACCCCCACAUCUGUUUCUGGAAACGCUGCAUUUGCAAAACAACUUGGAUCAGCACCAAUUCAAGUUGUACGUCCUAUUCUGCAGACCAAGCCUGCACCGGCCAAUACAAUCAGGCCAGGUGAUCGUGUUGGUAACAAUAGUAAAACCCCAGAAUUCACUCCCAGAAAUAGUCCACCCAUGAAAGCCAGUUUACCUAAUCAGCCUAUAGUUAGAACCAAUACAGCCAAUUCGUCCUUGGUUAGAGCCUUUAGUAAAAAACCAGUAGCCCAGAAAGUCAAUAAUCCAAUUAGACCACCGCCGCCAUAUCCUGGAAAUGCUACAAAUGUUGGACCGGCAUCGUAUCAACCCACUGUCAGUUGUUUGGAACAAGCACUUUUAGCCGAUUCAUCCCUAUUAAACUCUGGUGUUCCUUCAAAUCAAUUGCAAAACAACCUCCAAGUUAGUAAAAACACUAAUAGUAAUUUUCUUCCAAACAACAUUGUCUCUGUCACAAAACCCUCUAGUGUUCCUCCAAAUUGUCAGCCAACCAAUUUUUAUCAACCAGAUUUUCAAAAUCCAUCACAAUAUUUAGCCCAAAAUUCAUCAGUACUCAAUAAUCAAACAAUGAACAACAAUUUUCAGUCAUCCGCAAGUAAUCAAAAUAUGCAACAGUACCAAGCACCGCAAACUCAAAGCUUCAGUGCUGACUUUGGCUCCAGCACAAUUAACACCUCACUUCUACUAGACAAUAAUCAGAUUUUAUACAAUGAUAUGCUGAAUCAAAACAAUUCAACAAUGUACUACAAUAAUUAUGUUCCACCCGUAGCAACAAAUCAAAUGCAAAAUCAAAUAUCAGGGACGCAAGUUUACUCUCAAGUUACACAAAAUCAGUCGCAUAAUCAGCUGCAGUCAGGAGCUAUGAACCAGUUUCAACCUUCAGUCUUGUCACAACCCAUCAACCAACCAAUGCAAGAACCCAAUCAAUACUUCUCAGCACCCACACCGAAUGGCACUGUUCAUUGGCAAAACUCGGCUUUUUCAAAUCUUCCCAUGGCUCAGUCUUUUCAGAAUCCGUUAUCCUAUCAAAAUCCCUUUGGUCAGGGUCUGUGAAAUAACUUGAUCAAGCUUUCACGUACCAAUCAAUCUACUCGAAGCUUAAUGGAUUCAUCCGUUAAACAGAAUUUUAACUUCAAAUUGAUCUCAUGGCUGUGAAUGGUGUAAUGGCUGCCCACAACAUUGCCAACACAAAGUGAAAACUGCUCCAGAAA